GAUGAUGGUCCGACUUUGACAGUUCGUUCGGAAAGGAAAAAAAUAAUCGACGGUAGAAAAUUUUCACGUUCGGCAACAGCAGCCGCUCGUAAUCCGCAGUGAAAAUCCGGAUAAAUUCAACGGGAAACUAGCUGUAGAAACCAGCUGCUUGAGAAUAACGUCCUCGGUUUGGGUUCUUGCACACCAGUGACCGUAUUCGCAACCCUUCGCCACCAAUGCCGACAAUGCCGGAACAGGACGACAACGGGAACGAUUACGAGGUCGGUGAGUGGCUUCGAUUCGGGCUCCGGCUCGGAGUGACCACCGCUUUGCACCCGCUCGAGUACGCCAAAGUGCUGAUGCAGAUUGGAUUUGAGCCUAUUACUCCCGUCCCGGGACGUACGCUACUGGGAAGACCUACCAUGGUUCUGCCGAACGUGUUCCAGUAUGCGGCCUAUAUCAAGCAUGUCGACGGCUUCUACGGGUGCUUCCGGGGGCUAAGUGCUAAGAUCAUCGGCAACCUGCUGAGUGCGCACUUCAGCGAAAAGAUUGCCGACGAGCUGAACUUGGAGGUCGUCAAGGACUCGGACUCGAAGCGUAAGGGCAAGGAAGAUCGAGGGGCUUCCGUUGAUACGGAGGAAGAAGACCGACUGCUGGACGAGCAGUUCAAGAAGCAGCUGAAACGUAAUCUGGUGGUGCACGCGGCCGGUGUUGCCAUUUCGCAACCAUUCCACGUCAUUUCGAUUCGCAUGAUGGCCCAGUUCGUCGGGCGGGAGAAGAUCUACACCGGACUGUGGGCGUCGAUCCGGGAGAUUUGGUCGCAGGAGGGCAUCUUCGGCUUCUUCAGCGGAUUCGUGCCCAGGUUGUUGUGCGAUCUGGGCUGUAUGGUUGUGGCCAGCUCGGCGACCUACCUGGCCAGCAAGUACCUGAUCCGGGAGAGGGAGGGACGCAUCUACUUCUCCAGCAUUUCGCAGUUUGUCUUCUCGAGCAUGUUCUACCCGUACCAUGUGGUGUCCACCUGUAUGAUUGUCAACGGUUCAAGAUUGAAGGCCGGAAACCUUCCCAACAUGGAACCGUAUCAUGAUUGGCGCGACUGCUAUGCAAGACUAAAGGCAGCUGGACAGCAUAAGCGAGGAAGUUCUCUGUUCUUCAGAUAUGCCUCACGCCCCCGUGUCUCGAAGACAUCCAAUAGCUCCUUCGCUCCGUAUCCGGAGCUCAAAUACACGCAUUAGGUGUUUUCCCCGGCACAAGAUGAAACGCAUUUCCGAGAACAAUACGUUCAAAUUUAUUUGUCCUCGAUUUUCAUAGUUAGUCAGUGAACAAAACAAAAAAAAAAAUCCGCAAGAGUAACUUCAACGACGAAACCUCCGAAGCCAAUCGGCAACAGUAGGUAACCCAAUGCCAAAAACAUACACCCGAAUAUGCAUAUUACGGCCAUUCUAACGCCGGUCAAUUGUAAGUUUGUUUUAAUUGUUGUUUUGAGUUGGAUUUGUAUUUGCAAGUUGCUAUAUCUAGCUUAGGAUUUGACCAAAACCUCUAUUGAAUGUAGGGUUAGCAGAUUUUUUCUUUUGUUAUGAUUGAUACAAACCGGAAGGGAUCAAGUUGUUUAGUUUAAAUAUAUUAUGCAUUUGUUUUACCCUUCGAAACGCGUGCUUUUUAU